UGUAUAUAUAUAAUAAUGAUAUAUUAUUGUUUACUUUUUCAACACCAGAAAAAAGACCACCGUUACAAAUUCUUUGGCCAUGACCUUUCAAUUUGGAUAUGAAAAGUCUAACAAGGCGGCGUCAAAAACAAAGAUUCUUACGGAUAACAACUCGAUAUUUACCGGGCAUUACAAUUGAAGUAGCGGUUGAAGGUUCGUUUUUAAUUUAAAGCUGCAUAUAUACCGUACCUCCGGGGAAAGCUUCAUAGAUAUCCUCAAGACAGCCUUGGCAAUGGAGCUCUCAAACGUCUCCAGUUCAACAAACACAUCCGCGCCAGCUCAAAUAGCCUCAAGUUUGCCAUUGUCAAUGGUAAUGGUGCUCGAGUUGGCAUGCAUCACUGUAAUCCUUGGUAAUCUACUGGUAAUACUCGCCUUCUGCAGCUACAGACAGCGAACUGCUCCAGAUAUCCUCAUUCUCUCGCUGUCUCUAGCAGAUUUUUUGGAUUCCGGUAUCGCUCUUCAGAUGGUCGUCUUUAUCAAGUAUCUCCUACGCUUUCCUUGGACUCAGCGCUCGUGUGAUAGUUUUAUUGUGCUGCUAUACACGUUUAGGACUGCUUCUGCGAGCACGGUCACCUUUAUGGCCGCUGAACGAGCCUUGCUGUUGGUAUACCCCAUUAGACACAGAACAAUGGUCACCAUCCCGAGAACCUCUAAACUCAUCCUCGCCAUUUGGGUGUUUUCUUUAGUCUGUGGAGGACUUUCGUUCAUAGGAGUCGGUCACUCAAGCUUUCAUAAACACGAAAAGGCCUGCCCCUACCAACUCUACGAUAUUGGCAUCGAGUACGCCAUCUUGUUUGAGGUGCUUGGGGGUCUCAUGCUACUUGUUACUCUUUUGUCAUUCAUCGCCAUCAAGGUCUCAGGUCGAAAAUUUCUGCGUCGCCAGUCGAUGAUGAAAAUGCCAUUACGUAAGGUCAGUAAGCAGGCAUUGUGCGAGGAAUACUCGAGCCGUAGCCGAGGGCGUGGAGGCUCGCGUGCCCACGAGACUGCAGGUAUGACGAGUGUGCGUCGUCUGACACUCAUGAUGGCUAUUGUUGUCGUCGUGUUCUUCGUUAGCUGGAUGCCUUUUCUGCUUAACAACCUCGCAAGCCUGAUUACAAAACGGCCUCCCCGUACUACCAUAUCACUGGCGGCCAGUAUGGCGUCCUUCCUUCACGCUGUGGUGAACCCACUGCUUUAUGGGAAGAUGAGCAAGCGAUAUCGAAGAGGCUACAUCUACGUUAUGAAGCAAAUCGUGGCAUUCUUUUGUGGCAGGAAAUCCUCACAUGUACCUAGUGUAUACUUUUCAAACACUGCGCAUGUCACAUCUCAGACAGCCGCCGACAACACCGGUUAUAUCGUGGGAACGGACAGCAAUGGCAAUACUGGAGACAUCAUCACGAGCCUUUCAAACCGUCGAUAUUCCAGUGAAGGCACAGAGCAAAUAUCAACCGGAGUUAUAAAUAACUAUGACACAAAACACACGAGCAAAGACGAUAUAGCCAGAAUUUCAUGCGAUAGUCCAACUGCUUUAGUAGAUGGUGCAUGUAUUCUAGAUGGAAUUAUUCCAGCUGCCACGCGGGAUAUUGAUCUAAGAAGUCAUGUAUCCAUAAGCAUAUUGUAAAAAGCUUAGUAUAUAUAUAUAUAAUGCGUGAGUGCAGGCGUUCA